UUGUUUGGGCAAUUUUGUAUUUUUGCUUUUGCUGGAAGAAAACCAAGAAAGGUGACAACCGACGAAAAGCACGAAUAAAAACAAAGUAGAUGAUUAAAUGCGGAUAGCUAUCAUCAAGGGAAAUUACAUAUACAACUUUUAACCUCCGCCGGCAAGUCUUUGCAGUCUGCUUCGUAGCCAACAGCAACAUUCGGAAUAGUAGCGAUAACGAACAUUGCGCCGUCGUCUCCGCUCCUGCUAUUGAUGGUCUGCUGUUUGCUAUAUAAAUUCUGAGAGUGGCGAAUAGGUAUCGCUCUUUUUCUACCCAACCGUCAAGAAGUGCGGACGUGUUUUCUGCUUCUGGCCGAAUUGAUCGCAUUUUUGUGUUGUAGAAUUGUGUGUGUGUGACAACCAACUAAAACAUUUUCUCUCAUACAAUCGUAAAAAGUUACUUGGACCUUACAAGAUGCCACUAACAUCAGCUGCGACAAAUGGUCACACCAAUGGCUGCAAUGGAAAGACAACCGAUUCCUAUGACAUGGAGGAUGGACAGACAUUCCUUUUCACUUCCGAAUCAGUAGGCGAGGGACAUCCCGAUAAAAUGUGUGAUCAAAUCAGUGACGCUAUUUUGGAUGCACACUUGUCGCAGGAUCCCAACGCAAAAGUAGCAUGUGAAACCGUUGCCAAGACCGGCAUGAUUCUGCUGUGCGGCGAAAUUACAUCGCAGGCCGUGAUCGACUACCAAAAGGUCGUGCGCGAAACAGUCAAACACAUUGGCUACGACGACUCCUCGAAAGGCUUUGACUAUAAAACGUGCAACGUUUUGUUAGCAUUGGACCAACAAUCGCCGGAAAUCGCAGCUGGAGUGCAUAUAAAUCGUGCCGAUGAAGAAAUCGGUGCCGGAGACCAGGGUAUCAUGUUUGGCUAUGCCACCGAUGAGACCGAGGAAUGCAUGCCCUUAACAGUGGUGUUGGCACACAAAUUGAACGAGAAAUUGGCGGAGCUUCGUCGUUCGGGCGAGUUCAGUUGGGCACGUCCCGAUUCUAAGACACAGGUCACAUGCGAGUACCUCUUCAACCAAGGUGCCGCUGUGCCCAAGCGCGUGCACACCAUUGUCGUCUCCAUGCAGCAUUCGGAGAAGAUCGCUUUGGAGGACUUGCGCAAAGAAGUCAUGAAUAAGGUCAUCAAAGAAGUCAUUCCAGCCAAAUAUUUCGAUGAGAACACAAUUGUGCACAUAAAUCCGUGCGGACUUUUCGUAAUUGGCGGACCGAUGGGCGAUGCCGGUUUGACCGGACGUAAAAUAAUCGUCGACACUUAUGGUGGUUGGGGCGCACAUGGCGGUGGUGCCUUUUCGGGCAAAGACUUUACUAAAGUGGACAGAUCGGCCGCAUAUGCUGCGCGUUGGGUAGCCAAAUCGCUGGUAAAAGCCGGACUUUGCAGACGUUGCUUGGUGCAGGUCUCGUACGCCAUCGGCCUGGCAGAGCCACUUUCAAUUACCGUCUUCGAUUAUGGCACCUCUCACAAGUCACAAAAAGAACUGCUCGAUAUUGUUAAGCGUAAUUUCGAUUUGCGACCGGGCAUGAUUGUCAAAGACUUGAAACUCAGACAGCCAAUCUACCAGCGCACAAGCACUUAUGGACACUUUGGACGUGACGGUUUCACGUGGGAACAGGCAAAGCCGCUGCAGAUCAAUUGACUAGACGCCGGUGCUGAUCAGCUAACACAGCCACCGUGUGCUAAAAAGUGUAAAGUUGCGUAAUUAUUAGUUGUUAAUUUAAUUAUUUUCAUUUUAAUUGGCUUUUUCCUUCUCUCAUGUGUGUGCACAUGAGAGAAAUCAAUUGCAAAUAAUUACAAAAAGAGGAAAAUGUGAAGGCAAUUUAGCUAAAAGUGUAUGCAAGUCACCAAAAACAAGCGUGAUCUUGCGUUCCUCUUAACUACUAAUUAAUAUAAUUUAGUUUUAGUUGUCUAAAAUUAACCGGAAUAUGAAACGAAAUAUCCCAAUUCAAGUUCUCUUCACACGUGUCAACCGUUUUAAUGUAAUUUGUCUAUCAACAUUUUUUGUAUUUGCUGUUAGAGAAAUGUUAAUUUCAAUUUGUGUGAUGUAAAAUGAUGUGGCGCGUCUGUGAGAGGUUCUAUAGUAUACAAGUAUAUGUUGUCAAUCCUACGUAAUUUGUACGCGUAUCCCAAAAAAAAUUGUUCGAAAUUUUGAAAAACUAAAUGAUAAAUUAAAUAUAUACAAAUUGCAAUGAUGUAACGCUACUUAUUUUUAAACAGAAGCAAACGCUCUAUCAAAUAAAACGUAUUUAUUAAAAUUUAAUAAUCAUAAUAAAAUGUCAAUAUACCAAUGUGAAACAAUUUUAUUGCCUCUGUAUGCUAAACGUAAGUUUCCCGAAUGCAAACGUCAAAGCAAGAAGCUAUACAUUAUAUUACAAAUAAGAAAUAUUAUGAACAUAACCACAAAUACAUUGAAGCAUUCAAUUGUAAUAUUUUCACCAAAUGUAAAUGCAAUACAGAGAUGAAAAAAGUAAUUUAAAUAAAUAUCAGAUCAAACAAUAAAAUUUCGUACAAAUGUGUACAAAAAAAUA